AUGACGUCGACAAGGGCGAGGGAUGUAGAAGACAUGUCUCCCAAGAGACAUGUUGUGAUGAUUGGGGUGUCAGGCUGCAGUGGAUCCGGCAAGACGGUGUUGGCGAAUCGCCUUGUGGAGCUUUUAAACUCGCCGCUGCGGCCAAUUGCUGUUGACGAUUUUUUUGACGAGGCCACAUGUGAAGCGUUGGGCACAUGGGAAGACCCACGUUGCAUACGCAGCAGAGACUAUGCGAGGUUUCUCUGUGAGAUUCGAAAACGGCUUCAGAGCGAUGGUCUGUCUGCCGCUGAAUGUCUACAAGAUCUGGCCGGGGCGUCUGCGUUUUUGCGCUCUCAGCCUGCUGGGUCAUUGGCGAAAUUCUCGUCUCGAGGCUCCCCUUUAGAUGCUUCAUCCAGAGAGCAUUUGGGGGAAUUUGCGGCGUCAUUCCAAUACACCACGGAGGCCGUGGCUUCGAGUGAACGGUGUGAAAAUAAAGAAACUAUAUAUGUUAUAUGCGAGGGGUUUCUUUUGUUUUUGGAUCAAACGGUCUGCGAUGCGUUGGAUUAUUUUCUUCUGAUUGACAUUGACGAAGAAACGGCUUCUUUGAGGCGAUUUUUGCGUUUGCCUCGUCGUCAUUUGCGCCAUCAAGGCUAUGCAGAGCGUAUUGAGCAUAUGUUUCGUUCUCGGAAGAGUCUUUUGCGGCUUGCCGCUUUCAAUACAAGUCAUGCCGUGCUUCCUCCAUCUUUUGCGUAUUUGCUUUCAAACCUGCAGUAUGUUCCCCCGUUGCCUUCCGUGACGGGUGACUAUGAGCGGUUUUGGUUGCAGCGGGAGUAUCUGCAGCAUUCACCUUCAAUCCCACCAACUGGUGAUAACUGCGGGCACGCGGCGUCGCCGUACGCAUGGAUGGAGGUGAAGGAUCCUCUUUACGUCACACGUACACUGCAACAGUCACGAUUGGCUAAAUCCGAUGGGAAUGGAUUGAAGCACACUACUCUUUCUUUUGAUUUUGAUCAAAUUACUGUUGGUGAUGUGACGGCUAAUGGGGAUUUGAAUAUUGACAGGAUUUCCAUUUUACAGAAGCAAUACUUUGAGUUUCGCUACUGGUUCUUCUAUGAGGUUUUGUACUACCAUCGUCAACUGUCGCCCUUGGCUCAGGAGAAUAUUACCGGAACGUGCCAGCGAAGGUCUUGUGGAGAGGCUGCGUUUUGCCCUAUUGUGCAUUUAACUUCGGGUGUGGAUGUGCCGGAUGCCAAGUUGGAUGAGGCGCUGCUCUCAUUUGUACAUUACGUCAUGCAGCCGCCGUAA